AAUUGAAACAUUUGUGAUAGUUGUCUCUUUUUUUCUAACAAGGUUUCACCCUGAAACACAACUGUGUUUUAGCUGUUGUUGAUGUGUGAACUCCGGGAGCGUUAUAAAUGGACAACAACUUACCGCUCAGCUAGCUAUAGCCAUGUAGCUUUUUGUCAGCUCACAGUGCUGUGAUUGAGACUUGUUGCAAACAUUAGCGCCAUUAGCUCAUAAAUACUGUCGCCGUAUCAAAAGCGUUCGCUAAAAUGGAUAUUUUGAGGGACGACGGAGUGCAUGAGCUGAAAUACAAACCUGGGGGCCGUUUGGAUAUGAGCCACGGCUUCCUGCACCAUAUCCGGAGGAACCAGAUUGCGAGAGAUGACUACGAUAAAGAAGUGAAGCAAGCCAAAGAGCUUCAGCGGCGGAGGCACACAACGACCCCCAGAAGACCCCGUCGACCGGACAUCCAAGUGUACCACCCUCGACGAAGACAUGGUUCAGAGCCAGGGGCCGGUGCUGACGCCGAGGAGUGGAAUGAGAGUGGGUCAAGCACAGAGACGGAGACCCACGGGACCGAACUCUUCUGGCUUGACUAUCAGGCGGAUUCUGGUACCAUCACAUCCUUCCUUGUGCACAAGGAGGACAAACCUGAGAAGGUAGUGGAACGUGUUGCAGAGAAGAACAUUCUGGAUUCAGCCAUGAGGGCAGCUCUGGAGGCUCGAAUCCGAAAAGAAAUCGACAAAAGACGAGAGAAACGCUGAGUCAUGGUCGCAAACGGUUGAUUAUGAUGACAGGGGAGCUACAGACAGAGAGGAGCAACGCUUCAUUUGCUGUUCUGUGCUCCUCCAAAGCAUUAACGCUGCGGUGCGUCAGGGGAAUAAAGCGGACUCUGGGAUGUACAGUGACUGUCAGCAGAGAUCUAAUGUGAAGACCCACAAUCAAUCCAUCUUCUGUUCUGAACAGAGAAGGAGCUGCACUUAUAGACUGUAUGGUUGGGAGAUGACUGUCAAGUUUAUGUUUAUUCCAUUUUACGAAUCUUGGACUGUUACGUCACACUCUGAUUCUCGACACUGGGGACACAUUGUACACAACAAGACGAGACAACUGGACCUUUUCUUUGUUGCGCUCUUAUCGUUAAAUUCAGAAACCUCAGGUACUCCUUGACAGAGAGCCCUGAGAGAAUCCUUUGGCUUCCAUGGAAAGUUUGUCUUGUGUUUACAAAGGUCUACUUUUUAUAAACAAGAUUUUAAGCUUCUUUUUUUUUUUUAAUUCUUUCAACUGAACAUCGGUCUGUCUGCAGUUUCAUGUUUAGAAAUGUGAGAAUUCAGUUUUGUUUAUUGAGUUUAGUAGAUGUAGCCAUAGUAAUGUUGGCGCCUGUGUUUCAUGGUUUUCUGUUCUAAUUUAUUUUGGGUUGUUGAGAGACUUAUUUUUGAUACUGUAAUAUUUUUUUGAGGACACAACUGUGUACAUAUAAAAUGACAUACAUGAAAGCUA